AGCGAGUGGUUUGAUCUUGAAAUAAACGAGCAUGCGAGUCUAAUAACUUUAUUAGACGAUUUAACCAUAGACGAAUAAAGUGAAGAUUCUUAAAAUAAACAAAGAAGCCAAAAUAAGCUCAACGCCGAGAUUUAUUGUUGAUUAUAAAAUAAAGUUUAUUACAUAUGCAAACAUUGUUCGAAAUGAAUUUAGUCGUAUAAAAAAUUAAAACGUAUUCUAUGAAUGAUGGAAAUGAGAUGAAGUGGUUUCCGAGAUUUUUCCUACUGGCAAUUUCGAUAACAGUCAGUGGAUGCAAUCCGGAUGCCAAACGUCUUUACGAUGAUUUACUUAGCAAUUAUAACAAAUUGGUCCGCCCAGUUGUCAAUGUGUCAGAUGCGCUUACAGUUCGAAUAAAAUUAAAACUUAGUCAACUUAUUGAUGUUAAUUUAAAGAACCAAAUUAUGACAACAAAUCUCUGGGUCGAACAGUCAUGGUAUGAUUAUAAAUUGAAGUGGGAACCGAGAGAAUAUGGUGGCGUUGAAAUGCUACACGUUCCAAGCGAUCACAUUUGGCGUCCAGAUAUUGUGCUAUACAACAAUGCCGAUGGAAAUUUUGAAGUGACACUCGCAACUAAGGCCACUCUAAACUAUACAGGUCGCGUCGAGUGGAGGCCACCAGCCAUUUAUAAAAGUUCGUGUGAAAUUGACGUCGAGUAUUUUCCGUUUGAUGAACAGACAUGUGUGAUGAAGUUUGGAUCUUGGACGUAUGAUGGAUUCCAAGUCGAUCUCAGACAUAACGAUGAACUCAAUGGGACAAAUGUAGUUGAGGUUGGCGUCGAUUUAACAGAAUUUUAUCAAUCUGUUGAGUGGGACAUUUUGGAGGUACCCGCCGUUAGAAAUGAAAAGUUCUACACAUGCUGCGAUGAACCAUAUCUGGAUAUAACUUUCAACAUUACAAUGCGUCGUAAAACAUUAUUUUACACCGUUAAUUUAAUCAUACCGUGCAUGGGAAUAAGUUUUUUAACAAUACUAGUAUUUUAUUUGCCAAGUGACAGUGGUGAAAAGGUGUCAUUAAGUAUAUCCAUUUUGCUAUCGCUUACUGUGUUCUUCUUGCUGCUGGCGGAAAUCAUUCCGCCGACAUCAUUAGUCGUACCACUUCUCGGAAAAUUCGUAUUAUUCACAAUGAUUCUUGAUACAGUGAGUAUAUGUGUUACUGUCUUGGUUCUUAACGUUCACUUUCGAUCACCGCAAACGCAUACGAUGUCGCCAUGGGUUCGAGCAGUGUUUAUAAAUCAUCUCCCGAAAUUAUUAGUAAUGCGUCGCCCGAUUUAUCCAUAUAAUGGUUUGGGCUUCAGUGAAGCAUCUCGAAGAUUUAUGAUGCGAACGUGUAAUGGUUUAGAGUUAAGGGAUCAAAUUCCACCGUUGCCUCCAGAAAUUGCUCUAUCAAACUUCGAUUCAAGCUUAUUGCUUGAUCAUCACAUAAUGAACGUGUGCGAAAGGAAUAUGGAAUCAUUUAAUAUGAAUGUAUCGUGUAAAUUGCAUGGUGGAAGUCCCAAGAAUCAAGCAACAAAUACAAUAUCACCCGUACAUAGAUUACAUACAUUAGAUCUAAUGGACGACAUACCAUUAACAUACUGUAAAGAAACAAGUACAAAUUCGCCGAUAUUAACAACACCAAUAAUGGAGCAUGAUAAAAUAUUGACACCGAGACGUCAGGUUAAUCAUCAAUUUAAUGCACUAAAUGACAACUUAUCAUCGAACGCAAAUUCGAAUCAGAAAAGUAAAUCAUAUGGUGGCAACACGAGUGGGAGCAUAAAUGGCAUAAAUACAGCGUAUAAUACCGAUGGUGUAUUUGGAACAAGCAGUUCAGCAUCUCAUUCAAAUUUUAAAUCCAUACAUCGCUCAUUCAGUCAACAGGAACAAACAAACGAUGAUCGAUGCGGACUGCGUCAUCGAUGGCAAGCAUGCCCCGAACUACAUAAAGCCAUGGAUGGUGUCAACUAUAUUGCAGACCAUACCAGAAAGGAAGAGGAAAGCACUAAGGUGAAAGAGGAUUGGAAAUAUGUGGCAAUGGUAUUGGAUCGUUUAUUUUUGUGGUUAUUUUCAAUUGCUGUAAUUGUAGGAACGUGUGGCAUCAUUUUACAGGCACCAACACUCUAUGACACACGUGUUCCGAUUGACAUAAAAAUGUCGGAAAUCGCAUCAGCUACGGUGAAGCCACAUGUCAUACAGCCAAUCUUAUAAUUCCUUUCGUAGCAUUCCUAAUAUUUAGGACCCAUAUCUAACAUCGAAUGCUAUAAUACCAAUUUUUGUUCAAUUCGAAAUAGAUUUUAGUAUUUUUAUGAAAAAGAAAAUAGAAUUUAGAUGAUUUAUAGAACUA